AUGGGUAGUCUAGCCUUCUUAUCUGUUGAGGAGCGACCCUUAGCUUUGGACAUUCAGUCCUUAGCUAAUAGCAUGGUUCGGUUGGAUAUCUCAGAUUCUAGACGCGUCUUGUCCUUUAUGGGAGUUCAGUCUUCUUUGCUUGAUAGGAUUCGUGGUUGCCAGUUUGAGGAUGAUACCUUGGUAAAGGCCGAGCAUUUGAGGCCUGGUGGCGAGUUCCAGAGAUUACCCAUUCCUGAGUGGAAGUGGGAGCGUAUCACUACGGACUUCGUUGUGGGGUUGCCUCGGACUUCUAGAGGUGUUGACAACAUUUGGGUCAUCGUGGAUCAUCGGGGUUCACAGUUCACUUCCAGCUUUCGGAGGGCUUUUCAAGAGGAGUUGGGCACCCGUGUCCACCUUAGUACAUCUUUUCACCCACAGACGGAUGGCCAGUCGGAGGGUACUAUUCAGGUCCUUGAGGAUAUGUUACGGGCCUGUGUUAUGGAUUUUGGAGAACCUAGGCCGCGUGGUACAGACUUGCUUCAGGAGGCCCUGGAUCAGGUGAAGGUGAUGCAGGAUAGGCUCAGGACGGCUCAGAGUUAUGUUGAUCAGAAGCGUCGACCUUUGAGAUUCUCUGUUGAUGACCGGACAGUUGGGGAGGUUGCUUAUGAGUUGGCCCUACCUCCAGCAUUUUCAGCCAUCCACCGAGUGUUUCAUGUUUCAAUGCUGCGAUGGUAUGUUCCUGAUGAGUCCCAUAUUCUCCAGUAUGGUGCAGUCGAGUUGGAUGAUCGUUUGACAUUUGUAGAGGAGCCAGUUGCCAUUCUAGCCAGAGAUGUGAGGAGAUUGCGCUCGAGAGCCAUUCCUGUUGUUAAGGUCCAUUGGAGACAUCGUCCAGUCGAGGAGGCUACCUGGAAGACCGAGCAUGAGAUGCGAGAGCAGUUUCCCAGCUUGUUUGAGCCUUCAGCGGGGCAGCGUUUUGAGGACGUUCGGAAAGGGAAAGCUCCGGAGAAGUUAUUUUGGAGCUCGUGUGAUUGGCCUACAGAACUUGUUAAAGCUUUGCAGGCAUUGGAGCAAAGGAGAUUAAUGAGGAAAGAAGGUUCUUUUGAAGGUUCCUUUCAAGCUAAUUCAGAGAACAACGAGUCAAACAAAGGAAGAAAAGAGAACAAGAAGUAG